CUUAGAAAACAAUAAUACAGAACUGCAAUUCCUUGUUAAAACAAAAUAGAUAAACAAAAAAGGUCUCUAACGUGGCCAUAGACAACCUAGACAAUGAAAAAACAAGAUAGCAUUCAAGUCAAUGUAUGUUCUACGUUAGUCAAUAAAAUUUAUUAUGUACUUGAUAUUCUUAAGUUAAAAUGACUAGUAAGUAGUAACAUUAGCUCAACCCGACACUAAACUUCUCAAACACAUAAUAUAUAAGAAUAAAGAAAGGCAAUUCCCUUGUAGUAAGAUUAAAGAUAAGAGUGAUAAAUUAAUGGCCAACUAAUAACCAACUAAUUAUUAUAGUAACGGCAAGGACGGGUUAUGUAUACCACACUAAGCCUGAGGCGUCACAUGCUUUUCAUUAAUCAAAAUUGUUUAUCACGUUUCAAAAAUUUGACGCAGUAAUCAAUAUAUAAUCUUUUGUUUUUCUCUAUCUAUUUUGUUAACUCCGUAGAGAAUGAAGAGGAUGAUGAGUAAUGAAAUUGUGUCAUCAAAUAAGACAAAGAAGGAUGGUUUAAGGUGGAUGGUGUGGUUGAGAGGAUGGGUUAAUGUUUUGCAAGAGAUUCUUUUGCAGAGAAUCAUGGCUUCUCACUUACACAAUCCAUUUCCUCUUCCUCCUUUAAACAACUUAACCUGCAUUGUUACUGGCUCAACUAGUGGCAUUGGCUCUGAGACCGCUAGGCAGCUUGCAGAGGCGGGUGCUCAUGUUGUUAUGGCGGUAAGGAACAUAAAAGCGGCUCAUGAGCUGAUUCAACAAUGGCAGACCAAGUACUAUUCUAGUGGGAAAAGACACCCACUUAAUAUUCAGGCUAUGGAACUUGAUCUCCUCUCUUUAAAUUCCGUCAUGCGAUUUAGCAAUGCGUGGAACGCACGGUUAUCCCCUUUGCAUGUUCUGAUUAACAAUGCCGGCAUGUUUUCUAUGGGAGGUGCACAAAAAUUCUCAGAAGAUGGAUAUGAACAGCACUUGCAAGUGAAUCAUUUGGCUCCAGCUCUGCUUUCACUGCUGCUUUUGCCUUCACUUAUCCGAGCUUCUCAAAGUCGAAUCAUUAGUGUCAAUUCUGUUAUACACUAUGUUGGCUUUGUCGAUCCGAAUGAUCUGAAUUUUGUUUCUGGUAAACGGAAGUUCUCUAGCUUAGAAGGAUAUUCUAGCAGCAAACUCGCUCAGGUUAUGUUUAACAAUGUUCUAUCCAAAAGACUGCCUUUGGAAACCGGCAUUAGCGUCCUUUGUUUAUCUCCUGGCGUUGUCCAAACAAACAUUACUAGGGAUCUUCCAAGAUUUAUUCAAGAUAUUUACUCUGCCUUGCCUUAUAUCAGCUAUUCACCACAAGAAGGUUGUAGAAGCUCAGUUUUCUCAGCCACAGAUUCUCAGAUUCAAAUAUACUGUGAAAAGUUGAAAACCGAUAAAAAAUCCGUUUGCGCAUUCAUAUCACAAAGUUGUCAACCAACAAAUUCUUCAGAAGAAGCUCACAAUGUAGAAACAUCGAGCAAAGUUUGGGAAAAGACAAUAGAGUUAAUUGGUCUUCCUCUUAAUUCAUUGGAAAUGCUUAUAGAAGGAGAAGAGGUCCCAUGUCGUUAUGGGAAUUCUUAUCAAUAAAUUUGUAUGUGAUUAGACUAAGAACCCAAUAAUGUUGUAGUAUUAUCUGACUAUUAUGUUCUGACCACUAGAAAAUCUCGAAUAAAGGUUAUGUGUAAUGACAGUGUGAUGGUGUUUGCUCAUGGAAGACAUCAGAUGCAAAUACGUGGGCUUAGACAA